UGCAGCUGUUUUUUUUCUAGCGCUUGUUGAUCCGCUCCGUAAUUUGCACUUUGGACCUUUUCGGAGUGUUGGUGAUCGGAGAAGAUAUCUGCUACUUGACCUCACCCCAGGUCACUUCUUCGAAAUGCAGCCGACGAGCAAGCCCUGUGUACUCCUGACAGGUUUUGGGCCUUUCCGUCAGCACCUGGUAAACCCCAGCUGGGAGGCCGUCAAGGGAGUUAAAGCCUCAGGCCUGCUAGCUGACGUGCAGAUCCACAUCAUGGAGGUGCCUGUGAGCUACCGCAAAGCACGAGAGGUCAUCCUUGGCAUGUGGAGAUCUUUGAAACCCAAGCUGGCUGUUCAUUUCGGAGUUGCCCCAAGAUCUGACAUCAUCAUUCUGGAACAAACAGGAAAGAACACAAAGUACACCGACAGAGACAUUGAGGGGCUGUGCCCCAGUAAAGGGUGCUGUGUUGAAGGGGGGCCGCAGCAGAUCGACUCCAUCAUUGACAUGAAAGCAGCGAGGAGACUCCUAAAACUCUUGGGCCUGGAUGUCCUUUACUCGAGGGAUGCUGGGAGGUCAGAGAUCUCUCCAUGGGACACUGACAGUACAGCAGCCCUGAUCUUGAUUAAGCAGGUUCUUACUAAAGCUGAUUACGCCACUUGUAGUCAAAGGGGAUGUCAAAGUUGACGACUGGUGUAGCCGAUCUCGGCGUCCUGAGGAUAUCAGAUUACACAACUUGCAAAUGCAGGGUAUGUCAAAUUACACAAUGACUUUCCAGCACAGUUUUAUAUUUCUAAAUAAUGAUGUCCCCCCCGUCGACAAUGAACAACAUGCGGCCUGACAGAGCCAGGCCCCACGUGAAGGCUUUACAGGUCUAGCAGGUUCGGUCGCAAUCUUGGCCCUUUGGUUCAAGUCACAGGUGUGGGACGCGACUGCCUCCAACUCGCGAAGAUUAUGUGAACGAAGUCAAAAACUGAAAAGCCACGUGAUGUUUCACGGCCUUCAGCGACAGACGCAAUCACUUUCAGCUUUAACCGAACACCAGAUACAGCAUUUGUGGGCUAACAACGGACUAAACACUGUCAGCUAGCACUGAAGGACUGGGCCUGUUUCACUGCCAUAGUGGCCUGGAAGAAGACCAAAUGUUGGGACUUCAUCCUCAUCCCCUGCUUAUUCACCCCUUCUUUUCCCAAUGGCAUUGUGGGUGCAGUUCACCCUUGUGCGGGUACUGAACUGAAUGACGGGUCUGUCACAGGACUCACUUUCUCAGUGGAAGGAUAGCCAUGUUAUUGGACUCUGGUGGGAAGGCAGACAAGAAAACUCGAUCCAGGAUGGACGGGUUAUUUGAAUAAAUCUGCACAUGGCAACAGCUCAAAGAACACCACUCAACUCUACCAGAACAGCCACACAAACAACUGGUGGCUAUUAGGACUGGUAUUUCUU